UUUUAAUCGUCUCCAUCGCGAGUCCGCAACUCCACUGGCAUUUCGAUCCCGAUUUCGAAGCUUCCAGCGAUCCAGCGCGAGAAGAAGAAGCUGUGGUGGUGGUGAAGGCUACUUUAUCUGCGAGCUGAGGCGGCCGGGCUCCGGCGAGUGGAGAUAACCAGACAGAGCCGCCCGGGAUGGUGCGCGGCGGUCAAGGACAAGAAGGAGGGUUGGGGGAGAGAGAGGUGGUGAACGUGGUGGACCAGGACGGGAGGGAGGAGGAGGUGCGCCGGGCGCUGCCGAUGAUGCCCGUCAGGGUGCUGCUCGCCGAGGGCGACGACUCCACGCGCCACGUCAUCUCCGCGCUGCUCCGCAAGUGCGGCUACCACGUUUCUGCAGCUUCUGAUGGUGUCAAGGCCUGGGAAUUACUAAAGGAAAAAUCGUUCAAAAUAGAUCUCGUUCUCACUGAAGUUGAACUUCCUUUGAUGUCUGGGUUCCUCCUACUCUCCACGAUCAUGGAACAUGACGCGUGCAAGAAUAUCCCUGUCAUAAUGAUGUCUUCGAAUGAUGCAGUUAGCAUGGUUUUCAAAUGCAUGCUGAAGGGCGCAGCCGAUUUCCUUGUCAAGCCGAUACGAAAGAAUGAGUUACGGAACUUGUGGCAGCACGUUUGGAGAAAACAACUUGCAAAUGGUGAGAUCGAUGUGCAGCAGAUACAACAAGAAGAAAAUGUCGCAGAACAGCACGGACAAAAGACUGAAAUGACAAAAGCUGAACAUUCCAUUCAAAAUGUCGUCCGUAGAAAUAGAGAUUGCAGUGAACAAGAAAGUGAUGCUCAAAGUUCUUGUACAAGAUCAGAACCAGAGGCUGAGAGCAAGCACACCAACAGUUUCUUGGAGUUUAAGCAGAUAACUGAAAGGCAAUCAUCUACUGACCCCAAAAACACACUGGAAAAUAGAGACCCUGAAAACCCUAGUGAUAAUAAGCGCAAGAAAGCCUCGACAGAUAUCGAGGUAGUCCAUAUAAUUGAUGAUGAACCAAAGCCUAGCACACCGAUGGAGGUGGAUAUUGUGAGAACAAACCCUCAAGGAAACGGCGAUAAGUGGUUCUCCAUCCCAGCCCAUCAGUUGGAGCUUUCUCUCAGAAGAUCUGACUAUGGCAGAUCAGAGGACCAAGAGAAAAAUGAUACGAGAACCCUGAACCACUCAACUUCAUCUGCCUUUUCAUUGUACAACUGCAGGCCUAUAUCCUCUUUUGGUAACGCUGGUGAUGCUCAGCCAUGCAGCACCUCAGCAACACACGCAGAUCUGCAAAACAAAAAUGGAGAUUCGGCAGCUCCCUUUCAAGACAAGGCCGACCCAAUUUGCCAUCCUAUCAGAGUUGUAGCACUUCCCGUUCCUGUUGGAGGCCUCACGUUUGACGGGCAACCAUUCUGGAGUGGUGCACCUGUGGCACCCCUUCUCUAUCCACAGUCAGGUCCUCCUAUUUGGAACGGCAGAACUCCAGUGUCGCAAGAGGUGGACACGCAAGCAACUUCAUCGCAGCAGAGUGAUCCCACAGAGAUGGACUGUCAGCAGACUGAAAGCACACAGCGACAAGAAGUGCUACCUUCACCGACUGCAAAUGAAAAGCAUCUGCACGUUGAAAUCCCCUCAGACAGCAACCCUCAGCAGGUUUCACCCAUGGCCGGCGAAAGCGGAACCGGAAGUAGUACUGUGUUGAACAACUCUGGCAAUGCUCUCAGUGGAAGUGCCUGUGGAAGCUCUUCCAACCGGAUCGCCACCCCUACCGAACAGUGUAACGCAUCUGACGGUGCUACUGAAAAUCCAAGCAUGGAGGGCUCGCAUCAGCUGAGCCAACGAGAGAUUGCACUGAACAAGUUUCGGCUCAAGAGGAAAGAAAGGUGCUUCGAGAAGAAGGUGCGGUACCAGAGCAGGAAACUACUUGCAGAGCAGCGUCCCCGGGUGAAGGGUCAGUUUGUUCGGCAAGAGCAGAACAUCCAAGCAAGCUAGGUAUAUCACCACAGGUGACAACCGUUUGCCGUGCUGCGCCUACUGAGUGGAGAUCAACUAUCAACCUUUCUUUCUUUCUUGUAUCCUAUGUAUACGCUGACUUGUCGUAGAUUAGCUCGUACAUAGUAGAAUUUGUCAGUAGGCGGCUAGAGAACACACUGCCUGACUUGGUACAUGUUUGCCGUAUACGUUGUUGCACUCUGUGUGGUUGCAAAGGUGUCAGUCAAGGAUGUCCUAAGACACUCUUUUGUGUGCUUUCUUGAACUGAGCAUCGUUGCUGCAGUUUAGUUCACUGCCUCAGCAAAAUGCUGUCGUCUUUCCGUACUAGAUGGAUUUAUAUUCAAAGGCAUUUUGUAAUUUUUAGUACAUUUUGGCUGAACUUCUGGCCAUGUAUGGACGAUGGCUGGGCGAGUUCUUGCGUGAUUUUUUCUGUGUAAUAAAUUACCGGCCGCUUGAAGUUUGAA